UCUCACUCCCGGGUCACUCUGCCUCUGCUUAACACUUGUUGCAAAAAAAAAAAAAAAAAAACAUUUGAAAAAGAAAAAAAAAAAAGGGAGAGAGAAGAGAAAAAGAGAUAAGACUUAUAGAUCUUCAGCUUCAGGCAGAGGGAAAAUACACAAGCCUAAAUAGAGGAGAUAAAGAGCCCUGAUGUGGCUGUGAGAGGGGAGCUUUGACCUCCAUGAAGGAAUAAAAGGGCCCAGUGAUUUGUUGCUGUUUGGGUGAAUAAUUUAAUAGGAGCUUUGCUGUUUUCUUUCGAGCAGGAGAGGGAGGAAGGCAGCAUGGUUGAUAAUACCAGCCUGGCCAGCAAAUCUGCUUUGCAGUCUGCCUUCCCUUCUUCCCCAUCACUCCUUGUUUCUCCUUCUUCCCACCAUACUUCUCCCUUUCCCGUUUCCCGGCCCUCGCAACCCUCACAGGCAGUGGCCACAGGUGGUGGCAGCGGUGGCAUGAGGCUAGAAGCAGUAAUGGAGAAUCUACAACGGCAGCAAGCUGCACGUCUGGCCUUAGAGGAGAAACUGCGACAGGAGAAGGAACGUGAGCUGCGUUGCAUGGUGGAGUCACGUAUCCAGCAGCAGGCCCUUGCCAUACGUCACUACCAGGCAGCAGUGAGAGCUGCGGCAGCCGCCGUGGCAACCUCCCCUACAAACUCUAGCACCACUAAUACUAGUACAACAAGUCCCACAGCUGCCCAACUUCGACCUCCACUUAUAUUUCCACGAGUGGCUCCUAAAACACCUGAGGAGGAAGAGACGAAAACCAGGAGUGAAGAGGAAGAGGAAAUAGACUAUGAUGAUGAGGAUAUGGAUGAUGAAGAUGGUGAGUUAGAUGAAGAAGAUCGUGAGAGUUUCUCACACUUACAGCAGCCUGGGUCCCCGAACAAUGGAGUUCUUAGGACUGCCCACUCACAGUUACCAGUUAACAGUACCCCAGGCCAGUCACAGACUCUCUCACCCAAUGAACAGACGGGACAUCACGAAUGGACCUACGAAGAGCAGUUUAAGCAGCUAUAUGAGUUGGAUGAUGAUCCCAAACGGAAGGAAUUCCUUGACGAUCUGUUCAGCUUCAUGCAGAAGAGAGGCACACCAGUAAACCGAAUUCCCAUUAUGGCCAAACAAGUUCUGGACCUGUACACCUUGUACCGACUAGUGACGGAGAAGGGGGGUUUGGUGGAAGUUAUCAAUAAGAAGAUUUGGAGGGAGAUCACCAAAGGCCUUAGUCUUCCCACAUCUAUAACCAGUGCCGCCUUCACCCUCAGAACACAAUAUAUGAAGUAUCUGUAUCCAUAUGAAUGUGAAAAGAGGGGGCUCAGCUCCCCAGGAGAGCUGCAGGCAGCUAUCGACAGUAAUCGACGAGAAGGCAGGAGGCAGAGCUUUGGUUCAGGUCUCUUCAGUUACUCCCCUGUGGGGACACCCAAUGUUCUUACAUCUCCAAAGAUCAACAUGAACUCAUUCUCAGUCUCAACGCACAAUGGAGGCCAAAUGAACCAGAUCCUUCCCAUCAAGAAGGAAGAUGGGCUACACCAUGCUGCUAACUCCCACAAGAUAGGAAUACCUGUUACUAUACCUGGGUCCCAUGCGGCUGCAGCUCACGCUGUGCAUGCAAUGCAGGCUGCGGCCUUGGAGCAGCUGCGGGAAAAGCUGGAGUCGGGAGAGCCUCCAGAAAAAAAGAUGGCUAUGAUGGCAGAAGAGCAACAGCGGCUAAUGCAGCACGCGCUUCAGCAGAACCUUUUAGCUAUGGCGACCCAAUUUCCCAUGAACAUCAAAAUCACCAACAGAGAUGAUCGACAAGAAACUGCAAUGAAUUUGUCUGCCACAGGCAUUAGCAGCAUCAACAUGUCGAUAGAGCUAAAUGGAGUUGUCUAUGCAGGUGUGCUGUUUGCUCGCCGGCCAGGAACAUCUGCAGGAUCCAGCUCCAGCAACAAUCAAAGCAAGUCCAGUCCAGCUCCAUCACAGAAUCAGCCUCUGUCUUCAUCACAAGGUCACACUCCGCCCAGGUCCUCCCCGUGAACCUUCACGGCACCCUUCUCCAGCACCCUUCUAUGUGACAUUGUGCAUCCACAUGCUUGGGGUCUUCUACAUUUUUAGACGGGACACCAUCAUAUGUGUUCUUUUUGAAUUAUGGCGAUGGUGCAGGGUGACACAAUGAAAAAACUUCCAUUGGAAUAUCUUAGAGAAACUGACUUGACUCUCGUUUUCCAAUCUGCUCCAAGACUAGGCCAAGUAAUUCUGUGUCUUUCCAUCACCAAAUUGAACAAUUAGAUGAGGAAGCAGAAGCCUCCUUGGUCCAUCUUUGUGUUAACAAUAGGUGUCUCCAUCUGCAGAAAAUGACACCGCUAUCUUGCUUUCACAAAUAUGUCUGCUCUACAGGUCCACAGUCUGUGUGUGUGUGUGUGUAUGUAUAUAUAUAUAUAUAUAUAUAUAGACACACAUACAUCUGUACUACCCUACCUCUAUGAGAGCUAGCUGGAGAGUAACGUAUCUCUAUAAAGUGCACAAUGACCUUGC